UCUUCAAGCUUUCUUACUCGAUCCGAGAGUUUCCCUUCCCUUUUUCCUCUUUCCAAACAGUAAUCCAGAAAGAGUCCCUCCGAAACAAAAAUGGUGAGCGAUGAACCGAAACAGAGUCCACCGGAACAAAGGCACCCAGACCCUGUUGAAAGUGCCCAAAACGUUGAGGGUUUGUUCAGUCCUAGAUUUAAAUCUUUGGCUGCCAUGGCUGGUUGGGACGAAGAGUCCAUCCUUAUUGCCAGCCUUAUUGUGGAAGACACUCCUGAUCGACAGUUUAAGUACAAGAAACGCUCUGAUUUGCAGUUCAAGACUCCACCUUCUGCCAGUUCAAGAAGAAAACGCAGGGCUCAGAGAAAGAGUCCCAUUUCGGUUUCUGUCCCCGUUAUUGGCCUUGAGGAAGAAGAAGAACCUGAAAAACAAGAGAAUCAGAAAGAGAAGACAGAAGCGGAACCAAAAAUUGAAGCGAAGGAAGAGCGUAAAACAGAAGGAGAUGAAUUGAAGAAAGAGAAUUCUGGUGUUUCUUGCUCGAAUUCUGUCUUUCCCUGCAUGGAUAAGCUCAGAGAAGAGCUUUCUUGUGCAAUUUGUUUGGAGAUUUGCUUUGAACCAAGUACCACUUCUUGUGGACACAGUUUCUGUAAGAAAUGCUUACGGUCUGCUGCUGAUAAAUGUGGGAAGAAAUGUCCAAAGUGCAGACAGCUAAUAAGCAAUGGAAGAUCUUGCACUGUGAACACAGUUCUUUGGAACACAAUACAACUUCUUUUUCCACAAGAAAUUGAAGCAAGGAAGGCAGCUGGGGCCUUGAAUAGUAGAGAAGCAGAACGCCAAACCCUGGAAACAAGAAUCAACACUGAUGUAAGGAGCUCAAGCAUUCGGCCUUCCAGGACGUCAGUUUCCAGAAGAGAUGUAACUGCAAGGAGAAGAGACGAACUGAACCAAGAUGAAGAUUCUGCGUUGGCUCAAAGAUUGCAAAGAGAAGAUCUUACACGAUUAUUGAGCAGAGAUACAAGUGGAAGGAACAGAAGAGGGGGGAUACUGAGCCAAGAUGAGGAUGCUGAAUCGGCACAAAGCUUGCCAAGAGAAGAUCUUGGGCGGCUAUUGAGAAGAGAUGCAAGUGGAAGAAGAAGAAGAGGGACACCUAGCCAAGAUGAGGAUGCUGCACUAGCUCUAAGGCUGCAGAGGGAGGAGUUCAUGGAGGCCUUUGGAGGAACCCAUGCGCAAUCAGCAAGCUCUCUUUCCUUGGCUAGAGCAAACUUGAGAGCUAUGGCAUCAAGAGCUAUCAACAUUCGUAUGAGAAGCCGGCCUACAUAGUCAGUUAUAUUGUUAGUUAAACCUGGGUGAACAUAGCUUUCCCACAAUCCAAAUGUUGGUUUCUACUUUCUACUAGUAGUUUCUAUUUGAUGUAUUCUUGCACCAAUCUUUGGAAUCAGGUUCACCAUUGUCGUAUUCUUGUACCAAUCUUUGGAAUCAGAUUCACCAUUGUCCGUUGAGAGGACACCACCAAGCAGGACUUGAUGAAAUUCACGCUUCAUUAAGUUGGUAACACCCAGCAUGAGUUGUCUGCAAGGUGCAACCAAAAGACUGGAGCUGGGAUUAAGUUUUCAAAAGUUAGCAUUUGAUUAGUUUAUGAUUGAGAAAGGUCAAUUCUUAUAUCAGAAAUAUCUAACCAUGUGCAAGCAAAUUUUUUUUUUAAGGACCGUUUCUCUCUCUAUCAGGGGGCAGUUGUUUUGAUGUUUGGUUUUAUUGCUGCUUCUAUUACUAGAUCUUGAUCUUAGGUUUUUACAUCAAUGCCUAACAGCACCUUGGCUCCUCAGAGCUUAAUCAAUUAUUGUCCAUCAGACUAAAAAAUUUUAGUCUUUAACUUACCUGAAAAUAAACAACUAGUGAAUCCAACUGCAGAGAGGAUUAUGCAGAGACUCCAUAAAGAAAUUUCACAGUAAAACUACCCUAGAUAUAACCAUUACUACAAUCAUAACAUCUCAGUCUCAUCUGCUACAAAGCUACCUUCAGUUUUUAGGAGGAGCCUUAAUAAAUUUAGUCUGUUAAGUACUCUUACAAGUUACAAGUUAUUAGAUAUGACAAGCAGAAGACUAUUCAUUCACCUGGCCUCAAUUUUCAUGAUUUAUACAAUGGCACUGCCAGCUAUAUGUGAAGGGGCAGUGCCUGACCCAGCUCCAUCUCCUCACCACGUUCACUCUCUGGCGCCAGCCCCGUCUCAUACCAGAGGUACUAUUGCUGCUGGUGGUGACUGCUCUCCUCAUAUGUUUGCUACAACAUUAUUUGCUUCCUUAUCCUUCUUGUUGCCAUUUUAUCUCUCAAUCUUUUACUAGUCAUGGAGGAAAUAUGAUUACCUGUAUGUUCUGAUGUUUUGUGUAUACGUAAAAUAAAGGAAUGAGAUUUAAUCAAACAGCUCCAUGGGCUGGUGGUUGAGGCUGAAUUCCUCUGUUGGUACGGUGUCGGUUUUUCUCUAUUUUGUGAUUGUCUUAGAAUUAUUGUAAUAUAUGUUAUUUGUUUGCUAGAAAA